AUGAUAGGGGAACUUCUUUAAUGACAUUAAAAUAUCAAUUUGUUACAAACUGACUUAAGAUAUUGCUGUUGUUUUGAUGCAGCCAUCUUUUAUUUUUCCAAGUGUAAGAUGUGGUUUGGAAAUGGCUAUCCUCAAUGCCAUUGCUAAUGCAAAAGGUUCCAACAUGCUGAACAUACUCCAUCCCUCAAUAAAUGAGAACAACAAUUGUGAAACGUCGUUAAAUGUUCAGAUUUGUGCAUUAAUUGAUUCAAAUGGAUCUCCAACUGAAGUUGCUAAUGUUGCCGCCAAACUAAUUGAGGAAGGAUUUUCUGCAAUUAAGCUGAAGGUAGCGCGCAGGGGUGAUCCAAUGCUUGAUGCAGCAAUAAUACAAGAAGUGAGAAAGAAAGUUGGUCGCAAGAUUAUCAUCCGUGCAGAUGCUAAUCGAAGUUGGACUUAUGAAGAAGCUAUGAAAUUCAGCUCUUUGGUUAAGGAUUGUAACCUACAGUAUAUUGAGGAGCCUGUUCAGGAUGAAGAUAAUAUUCUCAAGUUUUGUGAAGAAAGUGGCUUAUCUAUUGCCCUAGAUGAAACCAUAGAUAACAUGCAAGAAAAUCCAAUGGAAAAGCUAGUGAAGUUUACUCAUCCAGCAAUAGCUGCUGUCGUUAUUAAACCAAGUGUUGUUGGUGGAUUUGAGAAUGCGGCAUUAAUUGCUCAAUGGGCCUACCAUAUGGGGAAGAUGGUCGUUGUAAGUGCUGCAUUUGAAAGCAGUCUUAGUCUUUCUGCAUAUACUCAGUUUUCUAGUUAUCUUGAAAUGCUGAGUUUAGGUACAUUCAAAGUGUUAGAUAAUGUGGCAGCACCUGCUAUAGCACAUGGUCUUGGAACCUACCGUUGGCUUAAGGAAGAUGUAACACCAAAUCCUCAUUUUAUUUGUCGUAAUCCAAAAAGUGGUUUUGUUGAAGCGUCUGUGGCAGAUGCUAGUCGAUUUGUCCGCGAUUUUCAAGUCAACAAAAAAGUUGUCUCAUAUGUUAUUGUUGAGGAGGAAGUUCGUCAGUACCAAUGUAGAAUAGAGCUUAACAAUGUAUCUUGUUCUUUUGAAGUUCGUGAGACUGGCCUUCAAACAAAUGAUAACGUGCUGGUAUUUCUUCAUGGAUUUCUUGGAACUGGUGAAGACUGGAUUAAUAUCAUGAAGACCUUUUCUGGAUCAGCAAAGUGCAUUUCUGUUGACCUUCCUGGUCAUGGAAAAUCAAUACUACAUGGCUUAGAGGGUGUUGGUGAUGAACCAUGGCUGUCAUUGGAGACAGUUGCUGAUAUAUUGCAUGAAUUAAUUCACCACAUAGCUCCAGGAAAGGUUACACUAGUCGGGUACUCAAUGGGCGCAAGGAUUGCAUUGUUUAUGGCUCUCAAAUUUGGCACCAAGAUAAAGGGUGCCAUAUUAAUAUCUGGAAGCCCUGGAUUAAAUGAUAAAUUAUCAAGAAAAAUUCGUGCGGCUAAAGAUGAUUCUAGAGCAUCCACAGUCAUUACACAUGGCUUACAACUUUUUGUCAGUUCCUGGUAUGCUGGAGAGUUGUGGAAAAGCUUACGAAGUCAUCCCCAUUCCAGUCGAAUUAUUGCUAGUCGCUUGCAGCAUGAUGACGUGCAGAGUCUUUCACAGGUGCUGUCUGGAUUAAGCAUAGGAAGGCAUCUGUCAAUGUGGGAAGAUUUGCCAAAUUGUAGAGUACCUCUUCUUAUCAUUCAUGGAGAAAAGGAUACAAAAUUUAGAAAUAUUGCUCAGAAAAUGAUGAAAAUGUUGUGCUCUGGCUUGGGGAGUAAGCAUGAAAAUGGGAAUGCUAUACAUGAGGUUGUUGAGAUUCCCAACUGCGGCCAUGCUGCUCAUUUGGAGAACCCUCUUGCUAUCAUUGCUGCCAUAGCACGAUACCUGACUAAACAAUGAAAGCUUUGUUCUCCAAUUAGAGGAUCAAAGUGGUAGCGAAGGAUCAGGGAGAAUGAUGGAAGGGUUGGGAUAUUGUAUGUUUUUGCCAAAUAGAUUUUCCCUUGUUUCCUGUAUUUUCUUUUGAUUUCUCUAAUGACAAAGGGCAACCUCUCUUUCAAAGGAACUUUAUCUCCAUUGUUUCUUCUCUAAAACUCGACACCUUUAUUAUGGAUAUUGUUUUGGCUUACAUGUGUUGGACUUGACUCUUCUGAAAUAAACAAAGUUAACUAACACAUUAUCUGCUACGUA